UGAUGACCUCAUCUUUUUCCAGAUCAUGAACACUCCCGUCGACAGUCCCCCUCCGGUAGUUGAAAGUGUGCAGAUUGCAACGCCGUCCGGACCACUCGAACUUCUGACUUGCACCCCACACGCCGCAUCAACAAAACAGCAGCGACAGCCAAUUUUGUGUGUUCAUGGGGCUCAUUGCGCUGCCGCUUGCUUUAAGGCGAUGCUCCCGCUGUUCUCUCAAGCGGGGUAUACGUCGUACGCCGUGUCUGUGAGAGGCCAUGGCGGCUCCUGGCAGCCCUCAACGUUUGCCUUCCAUGCACUCACGGGCAUCGAUUCGUAUGUCAGCGACAUGAUGGCAGCACUCGACUUCAUCUCGGCCGAACAUCCAGACGCGCAGCCGAUUUUCGUCGGGCAUUCAAUGGGUGGAGCGAUCCUGCAACGCGCGUUAGGGAACUGGAGCACGCUGGGCAUGCCCAACAUUCAACCCGCCGGACUGAUACUCCUCGCAGCGGCACCUCUUUCCGGUGGAGGCAUGGAUGUGGCACGACGAUGGCAAGCAGCAGAGGCGGCUCUGGCCCAACAGCAGCCACCAGCGGUUCCUGCCGCCGCACAUCAAGCGUGGGUGCCCUGGCUCCGCUCGUUCUUCAGCUUUCAACCCAACACCGGCCUCGAAACACCAGCACAGGUGCGGAACAAGUUCUUCUCAUCCGAGGCACCGGAAGACGUUGUGGAAGGCUGGCUUCGCGAUAGCAAGGGGCGCCUGGAGAGUAUCCGUGUCUCGAUAGAGCACAUGUGGCCUUUUGCUGAUUCCGCUGACGUGCUCGCUGCAAUACAUUCCAAUGCUCGUCCCGUUGGUCGGAAAAUUCUGUCCAUCUUGGGGGAGAAAGAUGCCCUUAUUUCCCAAGACCUGACUCGGCAAACCUUUGAUGGAUAUCGUUUGGUUUCCCAGGGCGAGCAAGAGGUCAUGCGCCUAUCGUUGGCUGAUAGUGCACAUCACAUCAUGUUGGAUGUUGCCCAUGAGCGUUGUGCACAAAGUAUCAUCGAUUGGAUCGACGGGAAGGAUAUUGAAGGUGCUUGA